ACGUAUUCUGCGGAGCCAUUUCAUCCUCUGCCUGGUAAAACACCGGCAUGGAAGUCACCACAAGAAGCGGUACAAGUCAUUGAAUCAGCGACCACUUGACGGAUAAUAGGAUGGAAAUUUGAUGGUAAGGUGUUGUAACACUGCUGCAUACAUAUACCUGGGAAGUGCAAGAGACGGAACAACAGAUCUUUUCUCAAAAUUGACUUGUUACAUGAGUAAAACAUUUAAAACGUGGGGAAAAUCUCUGCAGUUACCAUAUGCUAAUGAUGUAAAAUUUUGACCCAGCAUGGACUAAGCUCUGGUAAGCGACUACCUCCAGGGGCAAAUCCAGAAAAUUCCAUAAGAGGGGGCUGAAUGCGACCCCCCCUCCCCACCCCGAAUGAAAAUUCACUUUUAGGAGAUGAAGCAUGCAGCAUUGUGGGUGUAUAUGUGAUGUAAAGAGUAAAGUUAAUAUUUCGGAAGAGAAAAUUAAAGAGCAUUAUAUAAAAUGAUUUUCAAAAGCAAAAUCCUAAUUAUGUUAGUGGUAGGUGUUUGAUAAUAGUCAAUUAUUUUUAUAUCACACUAUGCAAAUUAUCUAGGAGGGUAACGUCACAAUGUGACAUUUACUUACAGAUUGCAUAGCUAACACAGAUCGCGUACUGAUUUGCAUGUAAAGGAAAUGAUAAGCAUGAUCUUGAUGUAGAACUUGUAUUACAACAGAAAAGGCGAGCCAAGAAUUAACUGACCUACAACAUUAUUGUAUUUCCCCGUUAGUUAUAAUGUAAAAUCCAUUGAUGUAAAAGGGUGUAGUUCAGAUCGGAAUAGCUAUCGACAGUGUAAUAUCAAAUGAGAUUGAGAGAAAUAAAUGCAUCUAUUUAACUUGAAAUAUACAGCCCUUUGAUUCAGAGACAGUGCUGUGACAAAUUCCUGCACAGAAGGCGAACUAUUAACAGAGUCAUCGCAUUACAGUUUUUAUACAUCCUAUUACUGGAAAUAAAUCACUGCAGUGGAUUGAUAAAUUUCAUCCUUGUCUGGUUACACUUAUGCAUACUUGUCAACAAUGGUAUUGUAAUCUUUAGAUAUGUCUUCCCUCAUGGUGCUGCAACAAACAUUCUUCACAAAGCACAGUGAAGAGUUGCUUUGUUCAACAGAUGCACUUGUUACUGGCUCUAUAAAACUCGCUUCCACCUGGCACAAGAAGAAACAGCUAAUCCAUUUUUGAAAUAUCAUCAGCAAACUGUUUUUGCUGUAAUAAAUUAAUUGUAAUCGUUUUUGUCAGAAUUUUCUAUCCAGAAAUUAACUCAGGUUUAUAAAUCAAUUUACGCAAAACCUUUUGUGAUAAAACAUUACUUUGAGUGCUUCAAUAUAAGCUAAAGUUUAUUAUUUUUAAUUCUUUUGCCUUUCUGCUGGAUCACCAAACAAAGUCUGACUCUCGCAGGCAGAGCUCGAUCGGCGCCCGAUCACAGACAGAUACAGAUCUAAAAAAAAAAGUUACAUACUCACCUGGUUUAUGAUGAAAUAUCAUUAUAAACAGGGGGCUUUCUUUGCUUUGCUUCAAAAAUUAUUUCACUCAUUAGCAGUCGUGCAGCUUAAUCAUGCAGCAAGGGACGCGGCAGGGAAUACAUUUGUGUCCAGUGUUGCUCGUCAUUUCACACCGAUAGAAAUGCUUAUUACAUUUGGUGUUUGCAAUUAGUGUGGAGUUUUCAGAUCACGUUUUGUUUGAAUAUUUGGUAAAUAAAUAUAUAUUAUAAUUGUUCACACAAAAUGUAUUUCAACUAAGGAAAGCUCAGAGAAUAAAAUAAAAGGAAAGCUUGAUUGAAUAAUACCACUCAAAAGAAGGUUAGAUGGAUUGGCGUUGUUGGUUACAAAAAUGCUUUGAAAAUACAAGAAAAAAAGGGAGGCAGUGGCCCCCUUGGCCUCUCCCCUAAAUCCGCCCUCGACCUCCCUUAAGCAGCCACCUAGACUUGACAUUUUGGGUGGUCGUUUAAGGGAGGUUCGACUUUAGUUAUUAAUAGAGACUUAGCACCUUACCCCUGAAAAGAAGCUGCCUCCCCCCUACAAAAGGAAUGUAGGUGCGAGGUUAUCUAAAUUUUAUCACAUGUAUAAUGGUAUAUGGCUGCUACUGCUGUUCAAUCCCAUGAUUUUUUCUGAAUAGACUGUUUCUUUGAUACAGUAUACCUGGUUUAAAACAUCACUGUCAACAGCUGCAUGCGUCAAAAUCACGAGUAGACUGCUGUAAUUAUAUACUGCACUGCAAAGUUGUCUAUGAAAGUUAAAGCUUGGUAUUUUUUUCAAAUAUUUUAUUUUGCGUCUUGCUGGUUGACAAUUUCCAACCUCAAAUCCAGCUGUUAUGUAGAACAAUUGCAAAACAUGUCCAUGUACCCACCUCAUGAGAAGGGGUAGGUAGGGGGUAGGUAGUAUCACAAGCAAUACAUUUAAAAGGAAAUAGGAAACUAAACUGGGAUUUAUAGGGGGUUAUGUUGGGGGGCGGGGGGUCAAACCAAAAAACUGUCUGAUGGGAGAUAUUUACAAUACAAUGCUCAUUCCAAGGUGAAUUUUUCCAGGUUAGUUUGUAAUAAUACUGGUGUUGUUUUAGGAAUGAAAGUUUUUGUUCAUGGGGGUGCUGCUACUCCCAUACCACUUCUUGAAGCUAUGGCUCAGAGAGGAAAAGAAGCUGGAUUGCAGGAUGUAGAAUUGAUUCAUAUCCAUACUGAAGGAACAGGGGUUUUUGUAGAACCUGAAUUUGAUGGAAUUUUUAGAAGCAACUCCUUGUUCAUCGGGGCCAAUUGUCGAAAAGCUGUAAAUGAAGGCCGUGCUGAUUUUACCCCCAUCUUCUUGAGUGAGAUUCCACUGCUUUUUCAACGGAAAAUUAUUGACUUGGAUGUGGCUCUUAUACAAGUUAGUCCCCCAGACAAACAUGGCUUCUGUACUCUAGGACCGAGUGUGGACUGUACAAGAGCUGCCAUACAAAAUGCUAAAUAUAUCAUAGGGCUUGUCAAUCCUCGGUGUCCUCGCACACAUGGCCCAGGAGGUAUUCACCAGUCCCAUCUUGACGUGCUGUGUGUUUCCGAGUUUAAACUUCCAGAACUAAAGAUUAAACCAGAAUCUCCUGAGGAAGCCAAAAUUGGAUCACUUAUUGCUGAAAAUCUUGUAGACGAUGGUGCAACUCUUCAAAUGGGUAUUGGCUCAAUACCAGAUGCCUGUCUUAGUCGGCUGCUGGAUCACAGAAACCUUGGCAUUCAUUCAGAGAUGUUCAGUGAUGGUGUAGUAGCUUUGACAGAGAGAGGAGCAAUAACCAAUGCUUUCAAGAAUGUGCUGCCUGGAAGAUGUGUGGGAAGUUUUGUGAUUGGAACAGAGAAAGUUUUUGAAUUCAUUGACAAUAAUCCUUUUGUAGUCAUGUUAGAUGUUGGGUUUGUCAACUUGGUGUCAAUAAUCUCUCAAAACCCCAAAGUGACAGCAAUUAAUUCGUGCAUUGAGGUGGAUCUCACUGGACAAGUUGUAUCUGAUUCCAUAGGCACACGAAUGUAUUCAGGUGUCGGAGGUCAAAUAGACUUCUUACGUGGGGCAGCCUUGGGGCAUGAUGGCCUUGGUAAGCCAAUCUUAGCACUGAAUUCUGUCACCAAGAGGGGAGAGUCCAAGAUUGUUCCUUUCCUAAAAGAAGGUGGAGGUGUAGUAACGACACGUGCCCACACGCAUUAUAUUGUGACUGAGCAUGGUAUCGCUUACUUGUUUGGAAAGAACUUGAAACAAAGAGCUUAUGAACUGAUCAAAGUCGCCCACCCUGAUCACCGAGAAUGGCUGGAAAAGGCUUCCUUUGAAAGACUCAAAUGUAUGCCAUCACCAAAUUAAACCACGUGCUUGACACGUGAUUUUGCGACCAAGUCGCGUGCUUGACAUGUGAUUAUGUGCAGCGUCUCUAAGUCUUCUUGUUUGUUUCAGUGUGUAGUAGUUUAUGUUUGUGGUCAGGAAGAAUUAUGUCGUAGUAUGUUUAGUCAGUAGUAAGUUAACGGAAAACCCGAUGUUACUCCCGCUCAGAGUAGUAAACUGAAAACAACAACAGCAACUAGAAGAAACAAACAAAAGUCGGAAACGAAUUAACAGGAUUUCGUCUAGAACAGACAGAGUUUUUAAUUUUAACCCCUUAUAAUCAAACACUGACUUGGAAAAAAUCUAGUUCGCUUUUUUUGCAUUAUUGAUGCAUUGUAAAGUUAACAAAGUUAACGUAGUUAUCAAGCUACGCUUUUUGUAAAAAUUGCGUAAAUCGUUUGCGUGUACAAAGCAUAGACCCCACAUGCUAUUUAGUUAAACCAUUUGUUGAAAAUAACUUGGGCACAGUAAGGUAAUAAAGAACCUUGAACUGUAAUAUGACAGUAAGGACUGACAAUCUUUAAGUGGUUAGAGAAGAAAAGUAUGUUGUCAUUUUCCUGAAAUCUUGAUUUCAAGCCUGACGAGCAUAAUUAUGUUAUAUAUUGUUGUCGCAGUUUUCUUUAGGCACCGUUAGACGGAACUGUGGCUACCUAAAACCUAGCGCGCGUGUCUAAGAGCUUAGCUUGUCACCUUGUGACGCAAUCGUAUUCCUGGAAUUUCAUUGGAUGAUUCCUAUUGUAAAAGAAACCACCACGAUAUUUAGAGUGAAUUAAAACUGCUGUUUUCAGCAUUAUCCCUUAUGGUAGAUAAUAAAUUAUAAAUUCCGAAGAUUCUCCUCCAGUGAAGUUAAAUAUGAAGAUUUAUGAAAUAAACGAGAUUGCUUUGAA